AGCUCACUCCGCCACUGGUUCUCACUUUUUCAGGCCGAUCUCUUCUCCGCCGAAAACUCUAACAAUGCUUAGCAUUUCCUUCUAUUUCCUUCAGUAAGCCUGUGAGUUUCUGAAGAAAAUAUGGGGCCAAAGCGCAAACGAGCAGCCAGGAAACCUGUUCCCAAGAAGCCUUCCACAGUUGGUCAAAAUAAAGGAACAAAUAAGAAGUCAGCUCCCAAACCAUCCUUUGCGGUGGGCCAAAGUGAAGAAGCAUUUUUGAAUUUUGUAAAUCAGAACAAUAGAAAAAAUCCCAGGGGUGAGGACUCAAAUGAUUACGAAGUUGGUCAACCUGCUGACAAUGAUAUUCACUUUGAUGGGGGUGGUAGUUCAUCUUCUUCAAGUGAGAGUGAUGAGUCAACAAGUUUUGAAGAUAGUAGCUCCGAUGACCCAUUCACUGAUAAGAGAUCAAGGAAACCAGUUAAAGGGCAUGACAAAGUGGAUCAAAAAGCUAGGAAAUUGGCAAAGAAAGAUGGGAAGGAUAAUUUCAAUUCACCACUGGUUUUGCAUUCUUCAAGCAGAAACCAAAAGAAAUUAAAAAAGCAUCAUCAAGUUUCUCAAAGCAACAAGAAAGAACUAAAAGCUUCCUUGGCGGUAAUUAAGAAAGUUAUGGAAAUGGACGAGGCACAGCCUUUCAAUGUUCCAGUAGAUCCUGAUGCUCUGGGAAUACCUGAUUAUUUCAAUUUGAUAGAUAUGCCAAUGGAUUUUGGUACAAUAUGCAGCAAUUUACAAAAUAAUGUUAAAUACAUGAACUCUGCGGAUGUGUUUGAGGAUGUGAAAUUGAUUUGGGAGAACUGCUGCAAGUACAACAAGAAGGGUGAGUACAUUGUGUAUCUGGUGAAACGGGUGAAGAAGAAAUUCAUGAAAUACUGGACUGCAGCUGGCUUGGGCGUUGAACAAUCAAGAAAACCUAAUGGAAAUUUAUACUUUCAUGUUCCUCUGGAGUAUGCUAUGAAGCACAGCAGAUGUAAGCCAAUGCAGAUACAGCAAGAUAGGUUGAACCCCAAUCAGCCCUAUAUGCAGGUGCCUUCAUUGAGCUAUAACCAACCUUAUCAAUCGCAACUACCUCUUCCAAGUACUAUGUUACCACCUUUCCCUCCAUUUCCUACAUCAGGCUACAUGGACCCUUGCCAAUUACAGCAUCCUCAGCGAAGCAUCAACCAGCCUCAGUACUCUCAGUUACAGGACCGUGCAGAUUAUAGUGGUGCAGGAUAUUCACACUUACCACCACAUAUGGAUUUCACUAGGUACAAUGGGUAUGUUCCCCACUAUCCAACAGAUCCCAUGGUUGUUGGUCCCAGUCAAGAGCAUCCCCGACAAUCCCCGUUGAGCAAUGGCAGGUCAAGUGAACAGCAGCAGCUUCAGGCAAGUCAUGAAAAUUCCGAGGUUUCACUAACAGACUCUGCCAUGAGGGGUAUUAGGUGUGCAUUGAGGUAUUCUGCUGGCCCCAUCACAGAGGACUCCAGCAAAAGGCACAAUGAUUGGUUGGUUCCCACUGAACCACAGCCUGAGCAUACCCAGCUGGAUAAGAAUCAACUCACACAAUCACAGCAGCCUGCAAAGAAGAUGAAGAGAGCAAGAGGUCCAACUCGCUGCCUUUUCCUCAGAGACCUUCCAAAAGGUCAGCGGAUUACUGUACCUAUCAACAAGGAGGGGCAGCCUUUUGGUCCUGAGUCAUCUAAGCUUAGCAACUUCUUAGGCACCAUGGCACGAAAUGGUCAUAGGGCACCUCUAACCUUUAUCAAUUGGAAAGAAAUACCUGAUUCAUGCAAGGAAGACAUGUGGCAAUCGGUUCAGAAAAAUUUUGAUGUUGAUCCAAGUUGCAAGACCUGGGUCUUGAAGUCCCUUGCAAAAAAAUGGAGAAACUGGAAGACAGAAUUAAAGGCUAAGCAUUAUUAUCCUCAUAAGACUGAUGAGGAGCGCCUGAAGGACUGUCCACCAAGGAUUGUGUCUAAUCAAUGGCCUAUUCUUAUCUCAUAUUGGAAUUCUGAAAGUGCAAAGAUGCAAUGUGCUAUCAAUAAGGCCAAUUGCACAAAACAGAAGGUUGCACAUGCUACAGGCACAAAGAGCUAUGCAACGAUACUUGAGGAGGAGCGGAGGAAGAGACCUGAUGGAAAGGAGCCAACCAGAGCUGAUCUGUAUAUAUUAACACAUACACGUAAAGAUGGGCAGCCCGUGGAUGAGAAAGCAGCAAAAAUGAUAGCAAAACUCCGUGAAGCUAAGAAACAGAGGACCUCAGAGUGUAGUGAUGACUCAGACGACACCUUCUGUCUAGUGAUUGAAGAAGAAAAUUCCAGCCCUAUCAACUCUGACGAAUUAGGCCCCACUAAUAAUGUUGUUCAAGGCUCAAAACGUAAACGUGGUGUCUUCACAAGGGUGAAGCCUCAUGCUCAUGCUAGGAAGAUAGCACAAAGAGAAGUAAGCAAGGUAUUAGAGAAAAUAAAUGCCGUGGAACAAAAAUAUGAUCGCAUUGAGAACCAGAUAGCUACACUGACUUCCGACAUGCAUAAAUUUCUUGAUAAGCUUGGUGGACUGUCUAAUGUUUUGGGUUCUGAGCAGGUAACCUGUAGUUAUACUUAGAUUACAUUGCAUCUGAAAAGUUUUCUAAUCUUCUUACCUGCCCUUUCUUUUUUUUCAAGUUUCUUCAUCUUCUGUAGCAUUUCACAGCUCAUUGUCGAUUUGCUAUUAGGAUAUGUUUGGUACAACUGGUGGGAAGUUUUUUGGAUUCCAAAAAGCUUCGGCUGCGUCAAACACUAUAAUUUGUAAAAAAUGCUACAAUUUUUCACAAAUUAACCUUUUGUCUAUUUCAUUGCAAAUUUCAUAAGCACCAAAUUGGUACUUUUGUAUGAGCUUUUCAUUUAGGUUUUAAUAAAAUUAAUAUAUUAUUAUUAUUUUAUCUUUAUUUUACUUUUUAUUUACAAAAACAACACUUACAAUAAUUUCUUUUCAACAGAAUUUUUAUUGAAAGCUCUAGUUAUACAAAACAGACACUAACUCUUGUUUCAUUUUUAGACAACGAAUCCAUAGGGAUAGCCGGAUAUGGCGUUGCUUACUGGACGGUACAACGACAUAUUCAAUUUCUGCAAGCGGUUUGAUGUCAAUUGUAAUUAGAGGUGUUUUAUUUUGUAUUAUUGGAUCAUUGUAACAUCAGAUGCUGUUGGUAACAUUUGUGUUGCAAGAUGUAAUGGCUGGUUUGUUUUGAAAGUUUUUCAGCCAAACCAUGACCCUGAAACUCCCCCCUUUCAUAUUAUUUUUCAACUUAAUUUUAAUGGAGUAAAAAAGAAAAGUAUUU